GACGGGCUCGCCAGCGUACGACGAGUUCAGUUAGAAAUCAACAGUAAACAGAAACGGACGGAAAAGUAGGAUUUUAGUUCCAGAACCUCCUCCUCUCAAAUUCAAACAUAAAACACUUGGACACUGCGAGCAAGAGUGAAACUUGUAAAGUGGGAACAGAGUAGAAGCAAACAUAGAAUAGCCGGAGUCCAGCCAAGAAAUAGUUUCCGUCACAAUUUUUUAUCCAGCGAGUGUCGGGCGGGAAUAUCCUGGAACCGUGAAACUAGACGAAACACUUGGAACAAAACGUGAACGGUUUAGACAGCAGAGUGUCACAGACCAAACUAUGCUGGAGAGAAGAACAUCCCGGAAGCAGUUAACGGAACUUCGUCGAGAAUCCUGUAACUUUUUACUCAGCGAUACUCCCGAAGGGAGUCUGUGAAACAAAUACGCACAAUUUUUGUAGACUUUUCCGGUACAGUUCCGGAAGUGUAACCCAGCAGCAUCCGGGGUCAGUUGGACCAAUCAGAGAAAUUUGUGUUGAGAAAAAAAAAUUCGCGAUUGAGUGAAUGGAAUAGAAUACACUGAAGUUACAAGAAAAAAAAAAUCGUUUCAGUGAAAAACACAGAUUUUCGUAAAAAAAUAAGCAAUCAACAAUUCGCCAACAGUGACGAUGCAGAAGAUGCUCUUCGGUGACAACUCAGAGGAAAAUACUCCCGAAAAGUACGGGGCCAACCGCCAGAGAUACAGUCUAAUGUCGAUGAACUUGUAAAUCUGAUAAUUUACGGUUCUGCACCGACAGCCAACAUCGCGCGCGUGUGUGAGCACGCAGACAGAAGAGUUGCCGAAAACGCAGUGCAAGGAAGAACGGUGAGAAUAGCGACACAAAAGUGCACACAGGUGAUGCAGAUUUACGUUGUUUUUUUCUCUGCGGUGGAUGUGUGACGCGAGUGAAUAGCACCAGCUGCAAUCGUGAAAUUUGAUAAGUGGUGGAGAGCAAAGAUUUCAAGUCACGUUGUUAGAAGGUAAAAGUUGGAAAAAGCGAAACAUGUUUUUUGAGGAAAAAUGAGUGCUUGACAAACGAGAAACAGAGUGAAGAAAAAAUCCAAAACCAACAAAAUUACGUGAAUCACAGAAAAUUAAAAAAAUCAAGAAAACCAAACCGAAAACCCAAAACAAGUGCAACCAGUGACAACAGUUAGUGGGCAGUGCAAGUGUCCCACACCCGGCAGAAUAUGGUGCCCCAGCACGGCCACGACCUGCAGCUAGUAGUGUCCCAGUCGACCGCCGAGCAGAUGAUGGAUACUACCGGUGUUGUGGUGGUUCAGCAGGUCCAGCAACAGCAGCACCAGAUCAGCACCAUGAACCACGCACUGCAGCAGCAGCAGCAGAAUCUGCUCGAAUCCGUGCUGCAACAGCAGCAGCAACAACAGCAACAGUCCCAAGUGGUGAACAGUGCCGAGCAAAUGAUGGGCCAGCAGCAGCACCUGAAUACGGUCAUGUUCGGCUCCCAGAUGGUGGACAAGAACUCCAGCACGCCGUACACCGAUGCAACUCAGACCAAGAAGCACAGCCCCGGCCACAUCAAGCGCCCGAUGAACCCGUUCAUGGUGUGGAGUCAGAUCGAGCGGCGCAAGAUCUGCGAGGUGACGCCGGACAUGCACAACGCGGUCAUCUCGAAGAACCUGGGCGCCCGCUGGAAGGCGCUGAGCGAAGCCGAGCGGCAACCGUUCAUCGACGAGGCCGAGCGGCUGCGCAAGCUGCACACGCAGGAGUACCCCAACUACAAGUACCGUCCAAAGAAGAAGCAGGUCAAGGGUGCUCCCGCCAAGGCGGCCGGCUCCAGCUCGCCGUCGGCCUCGCCCGCUUCCUCCACAUCGUCUCGGGAUAGCUGUGGGUCGACGACGACGACGACUUCGUCGUCAGCGUCUUCGACGAAGAGCAAGUCGGGCAGCAGACGCAGCAGCGGGAAGGUCAGCAAGAACGACAGCAACAACAACAACAGCAGUAGCAUGAGUAAGUCGAAGAAGGCGGUUAUCCGGGCUGAGCUGAGGGAGAGUGAAAGCUUUGAGGAUCUGUACUAUCACCAGACGGCGGUGCAGUGUGUGGGCGGAAAGUCGCCGGAUCCGCCGGUCGGUGCCGCGAUGUACGAGGACAGUUCGUUGAUCUCGACGGAGCAGACCUUUGCGGAGUCGGUGUUUGACGAGGCGGGUGGGAAUUUGUUCUCGACGAAUCUGGACGGGUUCAGUGCGGAGGAGUGCAGUCGUGGGUUUGUGACGCAGACGCUGUUCGAUCCGGAAGAGGACAACAAGACGUUCAUACUGAACAACAACGACGACUCGAAGGGAUAUCUGUACGCGAACGGUGCUAUGAACCAGGAGCAGACUGGCAAUGGGGUGAUCAACGGUGCGGGCAGCCAGAUGGAGGUGGACAUCAAGCGGGAGCUGUACUACGAGGACGAGGAUCGGUUCGACGUGACGGAUCCGUGCCUGAACGGAGGACUGGACGAUGUGUUGAACGGCACCGGCGACCAGAUGAACGGUCACCCAGUGAGUCCGGUCAACUCGAUCAACGACAUCGUCACGUACAACGGACUGUUCACGGUGACGCAACCUGGCAGCGGAACCUCCAACGGAAGCACCCUGGCCAGCUUCAGCGAUCUUGCCAACCUGACGUCGAACGGGUGCUCGCAGCAGACAUUCCUGAUUGCGUCGCACGUUGCCAGCCAGCUCAGCGAACUCAGCUCGAUAAGCCAGCUCGACAGCCGGUCCCCGUCGGCGGGCAUCACCGCCAACCAGCUCAACAGCAUUUCGUCCAACUGCCAAGUGUUACCCACCUCGACGAUGAUCUCCGUCAGCAGUACGGCGUCCUGCGCGGGGACCAUCAGCAGUAGCAGCAGCGGCAACACCAUCACCACCAACUCCUGCCUCCCGACCGGUAUGGUCCUGACGGACUGCGGCCCGGCGAUAGCGCCCGGACUCAUCAACACCCACUCGCACCACCACCAUCUGGACUUUAGCGACAUGGUCGGGACGGAGGACUACAACGACAUCACGUUCGACGGGCUGGAGACGGCGUCCUCGUCCAGCGGUUCCCACCUGGAGUUUACGUACCCCUCGGCGGACAUGCUGCUCGACACCGGCCACUGCUACGACCUCAACUAAGCUGGAUCAUUUAUUUUUUUGCAAACACAUCGAGAAAAAAAACCAAAAAAUUAAGUGCUUUAUUGUGAGAGCGAGACAAACGAACGAACGAGCGAGAGAGAGUGAGAGAAUGCGAGAGCAAGAGACAGAGGAAAUGUUUGUAAAUUAGAGAGAAGACGAGGAGAGAGCGCGCGCGAACGUGGCGAAGAGAGGAAAAACAAAUUAAAAAGUGUUGUGAUGAGGUAAACAGAACUUUGCGCGCGGAAACAGGAAUUAUUCCGAGAUUUUUUUUGUUGUUUUUGUUUUUCUUGGGUUGUCAGCGCGGGCGAGAAAGCAAACUGUUGUGAUUUUUUUUUUCUUAAUUAAUUGGAAAGUUUGGCAAAGUGAGGUGGUCGCGGAAAUUGAAUGCGCCAAAAAGGUUGUCAAUAAUUAGUGAGCGUGGUCAGCGCUCGGGGAAAGAAUCGACAAAAAACAAAAGAAAGUAAAUUGAAAAAUUGCAAAUGGGACCGCGUCCCAAAAGUGCCGGCGUUCCAAACCAAAAAACGAGGAAAGGAUCUUGGCAAGAAGAAAAAAGUUCCGUAAGUCACCGCAACCACCGCGGUAUUCAAUUGAUGGCGCGCAAUGAAAUUGGUUCCAUUCGAUUCCCUCUACACAACUUUCAGAGUGAGGGGAUGAAAAAGUUUUACAUUUGCGGGACCGAGGUUCGCUUUUUUUCGGCGAGGAAAAUGUUUUGUGGUAUUUUCCAUUAAGUCAUUACACUAAUAGCCUCUCUUCCUCUUUGGUGAGGUGGUUUUCGAGAGUGCCGCGAACAUUGUAGCACUUUGUAACCGAUUGCAAAGUUGUGUCUUUUAGGUUCUUGAAAGAGAACGAAUAAAAGUAGUUUUUAACCGAUUGACAACUUAAAGAUUGAAGAUUUCGCAGUAAAUCUUUACUGAAUGGUGAAAUUUAAGCAAUUUUGUAUGAAUCAAUUUCUCAGCAAAAAACCGCCCAGCAGAGAGUGAUUCAAACGAAUCGCAUCUGCCAGCAAUAAAGCGAAUUCAAUGAUGUAGAAAAAUGAGCGGCAUCUUUCGCGAUAAACCCGACUGCCCGAAGGGCGUGCGAGCGCCGGAACAAUCCCGCCAGGUCUGCCAGUUGUUACCAGUUCUCCGAUUGGAGGAGAGCAGUAGCAAAGGAAGAAAUUAUGAUUAUUGAAUGAUUUUCUGUUUCUACCUUCGACUGCGGCGCUUCCUCCUUUUUUUGUCCCAGGAGUUACAGCGGAUCAUCACGAGCCAGGACGAGGAAAUGGUUGAUUUAUGUUUCGCUGCAUAAAUCAUGAAUCAUAAUCUUAUUAUGCCGGUUUAAGCUCCCCCGGUCUUUGGGAGAUCCUUUUUCAUCGACCAGACUCCAACCAAGGCAAGAAAUCAGUUAUGCAUCAAUACUGGAGCUUUUAUUGCUGCCAUUAUUCGAGAGGCAGAGAGUUGUUGAUUCAAAGUUAGCCCAAGAAAAAGCUCAACGUGGAACCGAAAGUCAUGUGGCUAAUCCUCUGAUUCGACCCCGGGAAGGUUGAGAGGAUGUGGAACUUUUUGCCGGCCAGUUUGUCCGUCCGAUGACUUUGAUCCGAAUGGGUGGCCGGCUCUUUUUUGCCGACUUCGAUGGAUUGGAGAAAUUGCGGGAAAGUGGCGGGGAAACCCAGUGCUGACUGGUUCGAAGUCGACUUCGAGUUCAUUCUUUGAUUGGGGCAGGCUUCGUCAGUUUGGAUACACUCAGAACUGGGAUAAACAUCUUUUCACUUGCGCUAACGUUUUUACAGCGCUUAAGACAUUAAAAUGCUUCAAACUACCGGCAACGUGUUCUUUUGAACAUGGUUUAGCCGCUCACUUGAAAAAUAAUUCGGAAACAUGUAACUAUUUAGCAAGCGCUAUCAAUAUAAACAAACGCCCUGAGUCACUUGACGUUUACCUAUUCCCGUCGAAGGCUUGCGAAAAUCGGGCGAGAAGCGAAGGCAAAUAAAAAACCAAGGCCUACCACCAACACCACCGGCAACGCGUGUCAGAGUGAGCCAGUGAUGCCAGGAAACUUCCGCUGGAAUCGCUACUUUUUAUGGUUUAAUCAAAAAUGUUUGUUUUUAAAAAAACUGGCAGCCACAAAUGUGCGCAAGUUGCAAUUGGGCAUUAUCGUCAGACGAGAAUAGACUUUGAAAAUAUUUUUGUAAAAUGCUUUUCAAAGCAAUAGAAAUAACUUUUGGUAAAAUCAAAUUUAACAGAGAUGUUCAUAAAAAGCUGCUCUACUAACUAGUGUACUUGGUUUUGGUAAAUUUCAUGGAACACCUCGGAUUAUCGAGCAUCAUUUUGACACCACCGCUUAGUGUGAUGGGAACAGGUAUAUCCCCUAGGUGAAUACUAGAUGCCAACUGUCAAUAAGAUUUUGCAUCUUUUUUGAUUUUUUUGAAGUCACCACCACUUUUGAGUGUCCAAGUUUUCCGAUUAGCAUACAUGUGAGAGAGGAAGUGUAUAAAUUGAUUGUCCUUUCUCGGCCAUCCGUUCCGAUUUGCGGACCUCAUAUCAUCUGUCCUGGGCCAGCUCACCACAGCAUUUUCGUUUAUUUAAUUUAUUAUAAUUUGUCGGUCGGUCCAACUAUUGCUUUCUCGUCUCGGGGUUUUCAGUUCUUCGAUCAGCAAAAAAAAAACCCCAAAACUUGCUUCCUUCAGCACUCUCGAUUAGGAUUUCCAUUUUUUUCGAUUGUUUUGUUUUUCAGUUUUCAGUUCAUGUCGCCACUCCCAAUCUUAUUUGUAAAUACUGUACAAUAUUAUUUAACAGAAAAAAUCAAGUCGUUUUGUAAAUUGAUUUCCCCGCGGUGCGAAAAACAGUGGCUCUGAAUUAGUUCAAAAUGGUGACACACUUCGAAACCAGAGAGAAGGUAACGCAAUCCCACCAGGCCAGCACUCUGGCAACACUGGCGCUUUGUGGUUUUCAAUUUUGGUAGCUCAGUUUCGUUCGCUUAUUCGGUUUGGUAAGACGAGCGCGCAGUUAAAUUGGAGAGAAAGAAGUAGGAAGGUAAAUUAAACAAACAAAAAAAAAACUGUAGAUACAAAAAUAAGAGAAUAAGCUAAAUGUGAUUUAAGUAAUGGAAUACAAAUUCCGAACCAUUCGGAAAUUUUGCAAACAAAAACGAAUAUUAAGAAUCACACCCACACUGACACCCACACAACAAUACACACCACACACACACCCCCGUACGUUUAAGAAAAAAAAGUAAACUUAUAGUUGUAAAGGUAGUACUUUUUAAUCGUAGCUGAUAAGAUCUUGUGUGCGUGAUAGGAGACAGGAAGCGAAACGAACGAAGUCAAGUCGGUUGAAAUAAUUUCUAAGUGUGAUACAGCAAAAAAAAAUAGAGUUGCGUGCGUGUGCGUGAAGGAACUGCGACCUCACUCACACCCACACACACACAUCCAGAGCAAGCAAAGGCAAGUCGCGUUUAAGGUGCAAGUCCUCAUUCUUCGCGAGGACUCAAUAUUGACCUAGGAAUAAAUUAACAUAUACAUACAUAAACUAUUGUGGUUAUAGUGAUUGUGUAGUAGUACUAUUUUGCAUAUAUACUCUACAGUGAAAUCAUGAGAAAAAUAUAAAUUGCUGGGCGCGUCGCCACGUGCAGGAUCGACUGUUGGUAAAAGUUGUUUGUGACUUUUGUUUUGCAUUGAGUCGGAAGAAAAAGACGAAGACGCAGAAGAAGUAGAACUCUCUCACACUCAAAACUCGUUUCAUUGCAAACGAAAGGAACGCAGAAUUGUACGGCAAGCAUCCAAAAACUGUGGAAGGAAGGCAAACAAGAGGAAGAAGAAAUUAACCAUUGUGAUUUGCAGAUCUCUAAAAAAUAAAAUAAACACAUACAGAAAUGAUAACUUGGUUUUUGUCAGCAAACAAUAUCAGGGAAAUGUUUGUUUUUGUUCUCUUUUAAGGAAAUGUAAUCAAAAAUAACUACCACAAGAAAAAAAACUCACACAUACACAGAACGGAAACAAAACAAAACACACAUACACAAUCAUAGACGAAUUCAUAACGAGAAAACAAUAGUGGAUAAUUGUAUUCAAUUAAACGAAGCAUCAAUUACAGUAAGUAAGCUAAUUCAGCGCAGCAGUGUCAGUAGCAAUCAAAUAGCUUUUCAACAAUUAUUUAAGUCAAUAGAUAAAGCAGUUGGAAUCAACAAAAGUAAGAAAAACAGAAACAAAAACUUUUUGAAAUGUAGCCGUUAUUUUUGUAACCAUCAAUACAGAAUGAACGCAAACGAGCUAGUUUAGUAUCAGUUUUAGUGAAACGAAGGCUUAUUUUUGACAUGUGUUUAUUUUUUACUUUUCGACAAAUGAAAAACACAAAUCUCAGGAAAUGAACGAAAAUUCAAAAAAAAAAACAAUUACUAAAUAAAAACAAGAUUGUUAAGCAACUUAUUAUACAAACAAAAUGGUUUAUUUUACUACUACUCUGCAAAAAGAAAUCACAUAAAAACACACACAUACAUACACAAAAAAGCAAGUAACGCUAGACUGCAGUUUGACGGUUUAAGCAAACAAAUUCGGGGAGAAACCAACACGCUGAACGCAAGUAUUUCUCAAGUUUAUUUUCCACCUUUAAAAUAAAACAAAAAAAAUCAAUGGUACGAGAACAAUCACACUCUACUGUCAUAAAACAAUCGAAACGGCAACGUUCCUGGAUCCCCCCCUCCUGGCUGAAUCACAACGAUCACACCACUACUAUCAAAGCCGCGCCGUCGGCUUCCCGUUUUUCUCCCGUAACACAGUGACGUACACGGCAAGGUUGUGAGAGUGAGAGCGCGCCGCGCGUGAGAGUCUUCCCGGAGAUCCCCCCCCCCCUACGAUUGAGUGUCCUUUGGUCAUUGUUUUGGCGAACAAUGCAGCUUGCUUGGAUUGGGAGAGAGUGCGGUUCGUUCACACACACAUGCGAAAUGCAUGGAUGGAAGUCGUUUUUUUACUCGUGUUUGUGUUAGUGUUAGUAAGAUUCUAAGCAAACUUGUACGUGUAAGGGCCGAGUACAGUAAGCAUCAGCAAGGUAACGCUGUGGACGAAACAAUGGGCGAGUAACGUAAAAAAGCACACAAACACAAUUACAUACAAACAGACACACAUACACUAGUUGCGUAGAGUUGAAAGAAAUAUUGAAUUAUUAAAAAAAAAAACAUAAAUAUUGGUGCGAAACAAUUUCCCGAGGCGGAGAGGAGCAACCGGGAGCUAAUUUUAAGACUGAUAGCUGCAGACAUAAUUAGGCAACAAUAAGAUAUAAACAAAACGAAACAAGUGCGCGAUGCAGAUGAGUAAACAAAAAACGUAAACCUUUGGUUGUCACUUUGCUACAGUAGCUGCCUGUAUGUGUUUCUGAAUUGAUGUGCCCCUUCGGUAGAGAACCCCACCUGUCCCUUCCUAUUUUUCCAAAACCUUCCGUCUCUAGCUCCGUUUUCCAACGUGUGUUUCUAUUGUUGUCGCCGUUGUUGUUGUGCAUGCAGAUUAGAGGAGCGCAUUUGUAUUGGUAAGCUCGAUCCACAGCGAUAAUCGCAGUAGGCGUGAGCGAUACUCACCACACAUAAACAAGUUUAUUCAAGAAUGUUUCCCUUAAAAAUUCCCCUUUUCAAAUGACACAUGGCAGUAGAGACUAACAUUUUUCCAUGAAAUUAACAUAUCUUGUUUGUAAGCGAAAGAACAAUAACAAACUAACACACGUGUGUUCCUUUGGCCACCAUUCUAACACAAUCGUUAUCGAUGUACAAAUUACACACACAUACAUAGAGGAGAAACUCAAAAACACAUAACCAACACAGACCAAAACCAAGCGCCCCUCUCCAAACAAAUAUGUGCCCUUUUACCGCCCGCCGCCGCCGCCCUUAAAUGAAAAGAUUUGAAAUUACAACUUUAUCGCAUUUCAUUUAACACAAAAAAUAGGAAAGUUCGAAAAUUCUGUUGAUCUCAUUUUACGCUAACUUGUUAAUGGGUAAUUUUUAUUCUGAAACUUUCAAAACUGCGUAUUUUUAGUAAGCACUCUUCUGUUUCAUCUUGCACGCCUCUUUGUUUACAAACAAAGCUUUGACGUUUCGCUCUGUUCUAACGAUUUCAAUCGACCGUUAAGCAAACCAAUACAAACACAAAACAAACCAACCUAGAGGAAUCAAGCAAACGAAAUAAAUAAUAAUAAAGUAGUAGUGAACCCUAAGUGUAAAUGGAAACAAUUAAAUAAGUGAUGUGAGAGAAAAGAAAAACAGAAAACAAAAUAAAAGAAAUAUUCAGGUAUCUAUGCAGGCUGUGAAAUAGUCUAUUCUUUAUUUUACAUAAUUACAAAAUAUAAAUAUUUUUUAAAACUUGUAUUACCAUAUUUUUUAAAUCUUGUUUUAGACGAUUUGCUUCUGUUUACUUACAUACGAGGCCCCAAUUUUUUUUUCGUUUUGACUUGCAAUAAACAGUACAUCACAAACGGGAAAAAUCAAACAUUUGUUCAAAAACCAUGUUGACAAACUGCCAAACCAUGCAUUUUCCUACACAACUGUUACAGGCAAGAUCCUCUGUUUUGAAGCAGGUUUGAUUAUUUUUGUUCGAAAUCAUUUUUUUUUCUCUUCUAAAGUCAUUUUAAUACACUUUCUUACAAAAAAAUAAACGCUGUUGUUACAACAUUACACGCGUGAUGACAGCACGCAACACGGAAAUCAAAUUUUAGUAACUUUACCAAACUACAUCUUACUCCUAGCUCUACGCGCGAUGACGAGCACAAAGCGAAUCAUCGAGAGCAAACUCGUUUUUUCUUAAGCUCACAACUAUUAUACUAAACGAAAUACAAACAAACAAACAAAAUAUUACAUCCGUGGAAUCAACUGCUUUAAGUGUGUAGAGAAACGUUUCUUUCUAAUUGAGGAAAAAAUAAUAAAAAACAAAAAAAAAUGACAAAAAAAUCCGCUAACAUGAACACAUAAAUUUGAACUUGCAAAUUUGAACUCUUGCAAAGCCAGGAAACCCAGUAGAGCUGAAACAAAUCUUGUGAACGAUUAGGGGUGUGUAAUUUUCGUGAAUCACGAUGGACAAAGUAACCCGAACCAGAAAAGCCCAAGAAUAUUUAUUGAGCAAGACAAGGAAAAAAACAAACAAAAAUAAACAAAUUACUAAAUGUCUAUUUAUAUAUUUACAAUCUUGACGCAAAUUUGUAACGUUAGAGAACACACACAAUAUUAACUGGACGAGCGUGGAUGGCACCGCGGACACGAGCCGUGACUGCCGUGCAAAGAAAGAGAUUGACAACUUAAGGAUGACAGGCGAACACACAAAGUAAUCACAAGUGGGAUUAGAACCAUUUAUUGUUAUAUUUACAGUAACGCAAGGCAGAACAACGUCAGAAUCACAAACAAAGCUGAUCCCCAUUUUGUCACCGACAGCAUUGUAUUUGGGUAAACAUCAUUUUAUUGUUGACAGCGCGCGCGCGCUCGGUCGCCGUUGUUGCGUUACGCGCGCGUUUGACAGCUGACGGUGGGUUCCAUCGUUACCCAGCGAGAAAUGUAGGAGCCGAUGUAAGGCGUUACAUUUCCCACGGGGUAGAAGGAUGAUUGAGGUUUCAAUGCUGUGAUGCUCUCGGUAAGGACUGCGCGACUGUGCAAAGGCCUACUGCGUAACGCACUUUGCGUUACGAUGCAGCUGUCAAAGCGGGCGGUAACGCAGGGGGGUGAACUGUUCGCGUGACGCUCGUGAAUCAAUUUUGUAGCUUAGAAUAAUGAAAUGGACGCACGUGUGUGCGGACUCUUUGUUGUUUUGAUAUUGGUUUGAGCAUUCAGUGGCCAUGGGUCCACAAAAAGGAGGAAAAUACAAACAAAAACACUCACACACUGACGAAUGCCAACCACGUUUGACAGCUGCCAGAUGCUGUCAGACCGCACGUGGGAACUAUCUUUUAGAGCAGAUCUUAAAAAAGAAGGAUUAAAAGCAGCAACUAUGAGGAAAUUAAAGAUACCAAUUUGUAACCUUCUGUACAUUAUUUGACCAUACCAAGUAAGAAGUUUUGUACAUUUCUGUGUAAAUAUAACGAUUAUGGAUUAUAUUAAAUGAAAAUAAUAUUAGUGACAACAAAUGUGGAGUUAAGGACCGUAACUAAGGAAGAAUUAAGGUGCGCUAUUUGAGCGAAUUUGUGAGUGUAGAGCUAGCAGAACGAAACAUCGAUUUUUGUUGAGAAUUUUUUAAUUUCCGUCAGAAGAGAAACACACAACAAUCGAUACCGACCAAAAGAAACGAUAACGAAAAUGUAAACAAACGCAAACUGUUAGGGCUUGACAAGAAUGGAUGCAACGGCUAGAAAUACAAUCUAAUAAUUUCGAUUAGUUUUGUGUCUAUCAACUCUUUACACCUAAAGCUCUAGGUUUCAUAUCAGUUGUUUUUCAAAUUGUUAGGCAAUUAAUCGUAAAGACCUCAAACUCUGAUUUCCCCGAAAAACGUCAUGUUGUUCUACUUCCGUGCUGGGCAUUUCCCUGAUCAAAGAAUGUCUGAUCUCAAACGUCCGUGGACUGUGUCUGCCAAAUCAAAUCCCAGGGAAGCCCAGCGCGGAAACCGAAACGUCGACGCCUUGAGUCAUUGUUCGACCAAUCAACCAGCAACCGUUACAGCAACUGAAAACAAAGCAAAAACAGAAAACAAACAGAGAAAUGCAAAUUUUUGACAAGCAAUAUACAACAAAAAUUAAAAUAAAUUGAAACCGACUGCAAUUAAUUUUUCGGAAAACAAUGCCGCUGAAAACGAAUAAAACCCAAAAAAGAUAUAAAAACAAAGAAAAACAAUAACAUAACGACAAAAGUAACGCGAACAAAACAAAAGAAAUCUGUUUUACCCAAUAAGAAGUUGUUGAAGUUUUUGACAUGCAAAAAGAAACCAAAAGUGUCUGUUUUCUUUUCUGUUUUAGGAAAAAAAAGGUAAACAAAACAAACAAAAAAAAAAAUCUAACAAAAUCGAAAUUAGGAUGUGCGUGGAAGGGUAACAAAAAACGAAGAAGCUGUUUGGGAAGCGUUACACUGUCCUUUUGUUUCAGUUGUGUAACGCGUGCGAUCGUGUUUUGUUUUUUCUUUGUGUUACGCAACAAUGUUUUCGUUUCGUUUUUUCGUCAAACGAGAGAUUACCGACGGCCAAUCAAUCAAAUCAAUAAAGGUCUCAAAGCAAACAAAAGAGAGCCAAAAAAAACACAAGAAAACGCAUAAUUAAUCAGAGGCCUUUUUCCGUAGGUGAAAACACAAUCGAAUCCUGUUCCAACAA